AUGUAUCAGCUCAGUCCCAAGUGGUUGGCUAAGGCACUCCUUAAAUCUACCAUCGCUCUCCAUUAUCAGUCUGUUCCUCUCCUUGCCAAUAGAUCGAGCAAUGAUGAGCUCGACAUAUACGAGAAAGAAGGUUCGUACCUUAACGGCGUGCUCUCCCAUUCCCCCAAGAGGUUCAUACCUCGACAUGGCGAACAGGUGGAACUAACGAUAGCAUUAGAGAAGAUGCCUUCCACCCUCGUCCAUUACCCAACCGCCGACAAGAUAAGGAACGCGGCUUUACUGGCUAUUGGUGUCCUGUGGACGAUGGCAAGACCCUCGAUCUUCCUGGAGUUGAAAAACAGUCAUAAGCCACUCCAUCCGACCGCUUUCCUCGACGGAAUGCGAGGUGUUGCGGCGUUCUUUGUGGUUCUCGCCCAUGUCGGCAUGUUAUUUUAUCCACUCCACAGCCAUGGCUGGUCCUCAGAGGAUCCGCACUUCUUCGAGCUCCCAAUCAUCCGCCUCUUGUACAGCGGCGCCGCUAUGGUCACAAUCUUCUUCAUCAUUAGUGGCUACGCCUUGAGUUAUAAGCCGCUAUUGCUCCUGCGCAAGGGCGCCCGGGCCAAGGUCUUCGACACACUCGCGUCCGCUAUGUUCCGGCGCGGCGUCAGAUUAUUCCUCCCUGUUAUUGUCGUCGCCUUUUGGUGCGUUUGUGCCCUUCAUUUCGAUCUGAAUUAUCCAAGCAAGGGCAAGGACAAGAUUGAUCCGCGAGUGGCCACGGUAGGGAGCUCGUUAUGGUGGUGGUUCAACCAGACGAUGCGUGGGCUCAAUCCUUUCAUAGCCCAUUACGGAAAUCUGUUUGACCAACCCUUUCCGGAAAUAGACCGGACCCUGUGGACUAUCCCGGUCGAAUACAGAGGCUCGGUCGCAGUCUUUGCUCUCAUCUUGAUCUUUAUCAAAACGCAUCGUCGAACUCGAUUGGGCUUGGAAGGAGCUUAUUUAACCUGGCUCACAUACGUUGGUCAGUGGGACAUCUUUCUCUUCGUGGCGGGCAUGGUGUGCUGCGAGAUUCAUCACAUCACGAAUCCGCCCGCCACACCUAGGUCUGUCGAAGGCCCUUUGCCCUCGGUGGAACAAUCAGAGCAAUUCCGCCCUCGAACGUCGACCACCGUCCACAGCAUGAUUCGGAAAAAGGUCUUGCCUCUGUUCAUGUUGUUCCCCAUACUCUACAUUCUCACACAGCCCGAGAACUGGCUCGGCCGUGGCGAUGCUCCCCUCUACGCCACCCUAGACGCCUACUUGCCCCCCUCGUGGAGCAGAAAUGAGGAAGCUGGUCGCUUCUGGCCGUGUAUCGCGGCGAUCGCUCUGGUCCUUCUAGUCCAGCAUACUCCGAUCUUGCGCCGACUCUUCACCUUUCCUCCGGCCCAAUAUCUAGGCAAGAUCUCGUAUAGCCUAUAUCUUGUUCACCGGACGUUGCUCAACAUGGUUCUGGCCAGAUUGCGACUAUUCGUCUUCUCUUGGACAGCGAAGUGGAUUUCACUAUGGUGGUUGCGCGAGUGUUUCAGCUUGCUGACAAUUGCGGUUUUGUUUUUCCCGCUACUCCUAUGGGUGGCGGAUUUAUUCACCCGCUAUGUCGAUCAGGCGAGCGUGGAACUGGCCAAGUGGUUGGAGAAUAAAUGUUGUGGGAGUGAGCUGGAAUAG